AUGGCUCGAAUGACUCGGAAUUCGGCCUUGAGCGCCUUCAUACGCCUAUGUCUUCGGGGUAAAUACUGGCCUCAGCCUCCCAGCGAUCUCGAAAAGGGUGGAAGAAGCUCGGUUGAGGCGACGCGCCAGGCUGAUGAGAAAGAGACACCGAUUCACCUUGUGGGUUGGGACGGCCCGGACGACGUCGAAAACCCACUCAACUUUUCUGUCGUGAAGAAGAGUGUAAUCACGGCACUAACUUGUGUCUACACUUGGGCCAUCUAUGUCGGCUCUUCGAUAUACACGUCCAGUCAGCCUGGUAUUGAGCAUCACUUUGGCGUGGACAAUUUCCAAUCGACCCUGGGUCUCGCCCUCUACGUCCUGGCAUACGGUCUGGGAGCUCUCUUGUUCUCGCCGCUCUCCGAGGUGCCAUCGAUCGGACGCAAUCCCCCCUAUGCCAUUUCUGGGGCCUUGUUUGUCAUCUUGUGCAUCCCAACGUCACUUGUUGACAACUAUGCGGGGCUCAUGAUUCUCCGAUUCUUGCUGGGCUUCAUGGGAUCCCCUUGCCUGGCCACCGCUGGGGCAACACUGGGCGAUAUCUGGGGUCCGAUUAAAUUCCCAUAUUUCAUCGGGCUCUGGGCGUGUACGACCUCAUGCGGACCGGCUUUGGGACCGAUGUUGUCGUCCUUUGCUGUCGAGUCUCUCGGUUGGAGAUUCUCCAGUUGGGAGCUCCUCAUCAUUUCAGGCUCCGUCUUCGCCGUGUUCGUCGCCUUGGUUCCCGAGACGGCUGCGCCAACCAUCCUGUAUUACCGAGCGAAGCGACUCAGAGAAUUAACGGGUGAUAAAAGGUUCAUGUCAGAAGAAGAGAUCAAACAAGCGGAUCUCACAGCUGGUCAACGCUUCUGGAAUUCUAUCAUCAAGCCUUGGGAAGUCACCAUCAAAGACCCGGCGCUGUUGUUCAUGACCUUGUACAUGGGAUUCAUCUAUGCAAUUGUCUACUCUUUCUUCGAGUCAUUGCCCCUCGUCUAUCCGCCAAUGUACGGGUUCUCACCAACUUCCACAUCCCUCAUAUGGCUAGCAGUCAUCCCUGCCGCAGGGAUUGGCUUUCCACUCCACUGCUUCUGGCUGACCAAACGUAUCGAGCCCAAGAUCCUGAACCAAACGUUUGGCGAUCUGGAGGAUUUUCUCGAAACCGGGGUCGUCGCCAGCCUGUUGAUGCCAGCAUCGUUAUUCAUGUUUGGUGAGUUUGCGUUAUCCUACUCUGAGUUGUCUCCCAUACCAAUUUCUUCGAUCGAGAUUUUGAGAGUAGGGAUGCUGAUUGCGACUUUCAUAUGUGGCGGUGAUGUAGCAUGGACGGCUAGACCCUCUGUCCACUGGAUGGUUCCCACCAUUGCCAUCUUUCUCUACAUGGUCGCGCAGUAUUUCCUGUCGAACUCGGUCUUUCUCUACAUUCCGGCCAUCUAUCCGCGCUAUGCAGCGAGCAUCCUUGCGGCCAACAGUGUAGCGAGGGCGCUUCUGGCCUUCGUCGCGGUGCUGGUGGGACGACCGAUGUUUAAGGGCAUUGGCAUUGAUGGGGGUGUGAGCUUGUUGGGAGGUCUUACGACGGUUUGUGCUGCCCUACUAGCUGGGUUGUAUUGGAGCUGGGGGAAGAAAUUGAGGGCCAGAAGUCGUUUUGCUGCGUGA